CAAAUCCAGUAACUUCAUUUUUUCUGUCAACUGCUUCAACAACUUCUUCACUGUCCAAAACAGCCACACAUACUCCUAACCCUACCUGCAUUUGUCAUUGGUCAGAAUGGUUGGACCUUGGGGGUCCAACAACAGGUAUUGAAGGUGGUGAAAAGAUAUCAAUCAAAAGAAUUUUGGACAAUUAUCCUACAGUCUGCACUGCACCAAAGGAAGUUGAAUGUCGUGCAAAAAAUUACCCCAGAUUGUCUCUUUCCCAGCUUAACCAGGUUGUGAAAUGUAAUCCCAAAGAUGGCCUUGUGUGCUUGAACAAACACCAAGACAUUACACAUCAGUGCUUUGACUAUGAGAUCAGAGUAUCCUGCUGCGAUGGAAAUUGUGGCAGUAACACAGCACAGACACCAAAAAUCCCUUUGUUUACUCCUAGUCCUGGAUGUAUUUGUCAGAGGUCAGACUGGAUGGAUUUCGGUAGCCCAACAAUGGGUCCUAAAGGUGGUGAAAUUAUUUCCAUCAAAAGAAUAACUGACACCUAUCCUACCAUCUGCUCAGCACAAAAGGAAUUAGAAUGCCGUGCAAAACUUUACCCUGAACUUUCUCUUUCACAGCUUGGACAGGUUGUGAUAUGUAAUGCAAAAGAUGGCUUUGUGUGCUUGAACAAAUACCAAGAUAUUACACAUCAGUGCUUUGACUAUGAGGUCAGAGUAUCCUGCUGUGAUGGAAAUUGUGGCAGUAACACAGCACAGACACCAAAAAUCCCUUUGUUUACUCCUAGUCUGGGAUGCAUUUGUCAGAGGUCAGACUGGAUGGACUUUGGGAGCCCAACAAUGGGUCCUAACGGUGGUGAAAUAAUUUCCAUCAAAAAAAUAACUGACACCUAUCCUACCAUCUGCUCAGCACCAAAAGAAUUAGAAUGCCGGGCAAAACUUUACCCUGAACUUUCUCUUUCACAGCUUGGACAGGAUAUUAUUUGUAAUGCAAAAGAUGGGCUCCUGUGUUUGAACAAAAAUCAAAAUAUCACAAAGCAAUGCUUUGAUUAUGAAAUCAGAGUAUUAUGCUGUCAUGGAAAAUGUGGCAGCUCCACACAGGCAGCAACAACCUCUGCAAGGUUGUCACUUUCAAGAACAACCACACCAGCAACAGCUUCUUCAGGUACAACUAUACAACAUAUACCAUCUUUCAUUACAUCAAAACCAGUUACUUCUACCUCUGAAUGUACCUGUCAUUGGUCAGAAGCGUUGGACUUUGGUGGCCCGACAGUAGGACCCGAAGGUGGCAUAAGAGUAACAAUCAAAAAAAUAACAGAUACCUAUCCAUUCCUAUGUUCAGCCCCAAAGAAGGUGGAAUGCUAUGCAAAACAUUAUCCUCGACAUUCUCUUUUGCAGCUUGGACAGGAUAUUAUUUGUAAUGCAAAAGAUGGGCUCCUGUGUUUGAACAAAAAUCAAAAUAUCACAAAGCAAUGCUUUGAUUAUAAAAUAAAAGUAUUAUGCUGUCAUGGAAAAUGUGGCAGCUCCACACAGGCAGCAACAACCUCUGCAAGGUUGUCACUUUCAAGAACAACAACACCAGCAACAGCUUCUUCAGGUACAACUUCUAUACAACAUAUACCAUCUUUCAUUACAUCAAAACCAGUUACUUCUACCACUGAAUGUACUUGUCAUUGGUCAGAAGCGUUGGACUUUGGUGGCCCAACAGUAGGACCUGAAGGUGGCAUAAGAGUAACAAUCAAAAAAAUAACAGAUACCUAUCCAUCCCUAUGUUCAGCCCCAAAGAAGGUGGAAUGCUAUGCAAAACAUUAUCCUCGACAUUCUCUUUUGCAGCUUGGACAGGAUAUUAUUUGUAAUGCAAAAGAUGGGCUCCUGUGUUUGAACAAAAAUCAAAAUAUCACAAAGCAAUGCUUUGAUUAUAAAAUAAAAGUAUUAUGCUGUCAUGGAAAAUGUGGCAGCUCCACACAGGUAGCAACAACCUCUGCAAGGUUGUCACUUUCAAGAACAACAACACCAGCAACAGCUUCUUCAGGUACAACUUCUAUACAACAUAUACCAUCUUUCAUUACAUCAAAACCAGUUACUUCUACCACUGAAUGUACUUGUCAUUGGUCAGAAGUGUUGGACUUUGGUGGCCCGACAGUAGGACCUGAAGGUGGUAUAAGAGUAACAAUCAAAAAAAUAACAGAUACCUAUCCGUCCCUAUGUUCAGCCCCAAAGAAGGUGGAAUGCCAUGCAAAACGUUAUCCUCGACAUUCUCUUUUGCAGCUUGGACAGGAUAUUAUUUGUAAUGCAAAAGAUGGGCUCUUGUGUUUGAACAAAAAUCAAAAUAUCACAAAGCAAUGCUUUGAUUAUGAAAUCAGAGUAUUAUGCUGUCAUGGAAAAUGUGGCAGCUUCACACAGGCAGCAACAACCUCUGCAAGGUUGUCACUUUCAAGAACAACCAAACCAGCAACAGUUUCUUCAGGUACAACUUCUAUACAACAGAUGCCAUCUUUCAUUACAUUAAAACCAGUUACUUCUACCUCUGAAUGUACCUGUCAUUGGUCAGAAGCGUUGGACUUUGGUGGCCCGACAGUAGGACCUGAAGGUGGCAUAAGAGUAACAAUCAAAAAAAUAACAGAUACCUAUCCGUCCCUAUGUUCAGCCCCAAAGAAGGUGGAAUGCCAUGCAAAACAUUAUCCUCGACAUUCUCUUUUGCAGCUUGGACAGGAUAUUAUUUGUGAUGAAAAAGAUGGGCUCCUAUGUUUGAACAAAAAUCAAAAAAUCACAAAGCAAUGCUUUGAUUAUAAUAUCAGGGUAUUAUGUUGCCAUGGAAAAUGUGACAAUUCCACACAAACACCAACAACUCCUAGGUUGUCAGGAUUAACAACAACCACAAUUUCAAGUACACCUUCAGCAACUUCUACACCUUCCAAGACAUCAAAACUAUCCCCACCUACUCCUACCCCACUAUGCAUUUGUCAGUGGUCAAAAUGGUUGAAUUUUGGCAGACCAACAACUGGUCCUGAAGGCGGUAAACUUAUACCAGUCAAAAUCAUCACUGAUACCUAUCCAAUGACCUGCUCAAUACCACAGGGAAUUGAAUGUCGUACAAAACUUUAUCCCCGACUUCCUGUAUCACAGCUUGGCCAGGUAGUGAACUGUAAUCUUAAAGAUGGACUUGUUUGCCUAAAUAAAAAGCAAAAUAUUACACAGCAGUGCUUUGACUAUGAGAUCAGAGUGUUGUGCUGUCAUCGGGAUUGUGCUAGUGCAACUUUACCAGCAGCAUUGAGUCUAGCUUUAUUAAAUUCCUCCUCAAGUGUAAGCACAACUAUUGUACCCCCAACAAGAGCAAAGACUACUACCAUUUCAAAAAAAUCUUCUGAAUGUAUUUGCCAGUGGUCAGACUGGAUGGACUUUGGCAGUCCAACAACAGGGCCUGAAGGUGGUGAAAUUAUACCUGUAAACUCAAUAAUGAAGACACAUUUUAACAUUAGCUCCGUUCCAACUGAGGUUAAAUGCCAUGCAAAACUUUACCCUGGACUGCUUCUUUCACAGUUGGGCCAGGCUGUUACAUGCAAUUCUGUGGAUGGACUUGUUUGUUUAAAUAAGAACCAAGGUGUUACACAACAAUGUUUUGAUUAUGAGAUUCAAAUAUUACAUUGUCAUGGAUUGUGUGGAAAAUCAUCCAAAAUUAGACAAACAAAUCAGCAUUUUUCAAACAGCACAAUAAGCACCACUAGAAGUUUGCCAAUUAUCACAGGUUCAACAGGAGGUCAGGUCACUGUACAUCAAGAUUGUGUCUGUGAAAUCAAUGGCAAAACGUUUAAGCCAGAAUCAGAAAUUUAUAAUAAAACUGAUGGUGAUGGAUGGUGUUACACAGCAAAAUGUGUCAAAAUGGAAGAUAAGAAGUGUGAUGUGAUAACAUCAUCAGUACCCUGUUUAACAACAGUGUUGCCCUCAGCCUCAAAAACACUGUCAGGCAAUUGUGAUAAACAUAUGCCUCCUCUUAAAAAUGGUGAAUCAAUUCAUGUGGGAAAUUGCUCUAUAGACAGAUGCAUAAAUGGUUCAGUGGAACAUAAAGCAGUACAAUGUGAUCCUGUCCAGUAUCCUGUGUGUAAAAACAAAUUUCAACCACUGAAAGUUGCUGACGAGUCUGGAUGCUGUUUUAAAUAUGAGUGCCAAAAAAUCAUCGACUCUCAGAAAAACGGGGCAGCAUUCUGAAAAUUAUAGUUCCUCUGCUGAACACCAGCACAGCACCAGCUCAGAUUUCAGCAACAUACAAGCACUAUUUAAAUGGAAAAGGGAUAACAGGGAUUACACUGAAUGUUACUUUUAUUUUAUUUUUAAAUUAUUAAUAUUAUCAUUAUUAUUUUUUUCUUUUUUUCAGAAAAUGUUUGUUAAAUGAGUUUUAAUUUAGGUAAUCAAUAAAAACUGUUUUAUGCUGUAUUUAAAACUGUAUUCAUCAUCCAAAAUUUUAUAAUUGCAAAAAAAAAAAAAAAAAGAAAAAAAAAAAAGAAAAAAUUAUCAUGUAAACACAGUUGUUGUGUAGUGUAUUUAACAAAAUUUUACUAGGUUUUAAUUAAUCUGGCAAUAAUAACCCAUGAAAGAUGUACAAAAUAAACCAGUAUUCCUGUAAAAAAAAAAAAAAAAAA